AUGGCUGUCAUGGGUAAGGCAGCCGUCAUCGUCGUCACUUUUUCACUGUUUUCACGAAUAACGCACGCUGUCGGCAGAGAUGACGAUAAUUCGGUGACCUGCGCCGAAGUCGAUGCCGACAUCGUGUUCGUCAUCGACAUCACUUCAUCAAACAACACAGCAUUUCUCAUCCAACAACAUCGUCUGUUGCGCACUCUCAAACGGCUAGCAAACGUCUUGAAAGAUCGAUCGGUACGCUAUGGAGUGAUAGGAUUUAGCAAACAGCCGGAACUGUUGCUUGAACUCGAAUCACCGUUUGCUACCGAUACGGAACGGGUCUCCGACGUGAUCUCAACGCUUAAACCAAAACAGUCAACUUCAAACUCAGCAGCCAAAGCUCUAGAAGAGGCCAUGUCAUUAUUUUUCGAAUCAAGAACUGCUGGUCAAAGACGAAAAGUGGUCAUUUUGGCUCAUGACGGGCUCAACACUGACCUCGUCGCAGAAACUUUGGAAGCAGUAUCGAAUGUGGAAAAACUCGGAGCUACCACGUUUGCUAUCACAGGCAGUUCACGUCCGAAUUCAUACGCUUUGUUAGGAUAUACUGGCGCCAGAGAGCGCAUAUUUAUUUCAGCCGCUGAUAGACAAGUGUUCCAGGAAACACUCGAUGAGGCUCUUGGAGUUUGCACGCCACCGUCUGAAGAAACUCCAUCAUCAAGGGAAUUAAAAAAGAGGCUUCACGGAGUGAGGGGCCGUCGAGCCGAUGAUGAGAAGCUGGUAUUUACACCAGGACAAAAAUGCGGCUUCGAUAAGAUCGAUCUCGCGCUUGUGCUCGACACAUCCGGCUCAGUUUUUCGAGUUUUCGAAGAUCAACGUCAAAUCGCUCUCGAUAUGCUCGAUGAAAUUCCCACCACGGCUUACGACAAUGCGGUUCAGGUGUCUGUUACCCGUUUUGCCGCAAAUGCGGACGUCAUGCUCCCAUUCCUACGUGGACGUUCCCUUGAUGAAAUCAAAGACACCGUCAAAGAAGUGAAAUUUACCGGGCAAAAUACCCGUAUUGCCGGUGCGGUUGAGAUUGCGCUCGAUGAAAUGGAAAGGGCUAGGAGAAAGGAUGCUCGGCAGGUAUUCGUUCUCAUUUCCGAUGGCCAUGGGCAAGAAUACUGGAAUGUUGUGCAAGCUACAGGAAAACGACUACAGGACGCCAAUGCAGAACUAUUUGCUGUGUCAGCUAGUCGAGACUAUAAUGAACAAGAAUUGCUGAUCUAUGUUGGUGAUAAAAGUCGAGUGUUCGUCGGAGAUCAGUACACCAAUUUCCUGCCUACUAUCACCUCUUAUAUGAAUGAUUGCGUGAGUAAAAGUGGUGGAAAGACCCUCGCACGUCUUCAAUCGAAAUUCAAAACUACAAGUUCUUUCUCAUUUUCAGAGGAAACUGCAGCAACUAAACGCUUCUCGCUACUUAACAUUCUUGCCUCCACCUCUACGAUUGAACCAACUUUCACAGAAGUUACUGAAUUCACAGAAGUUACUGAAAAUUCGCUUCCCAACGAAGCUGAGGAAGAAACCACAAGCGAUGGUGGCUUUUUCACUGAGGAAGCAUCCGGGAAUGAGAACAGUGUUUCCACAACGAUUGAGCCCAUCUGGCCAAUUACUGAUGGUUUUGAUGACGGCGAUGUUCAAGUGGUUGAUGGUGUAAGAGAAACCAACGAAGGUUCGGACGAGGUUUCACGCGCCAGACAGAGAGAUCUAGCGGAGCCACAAUCCUGUGAUGUCGACCUUGUCAUGAUCAUUGACACUUCAUCAAGCGUUGAGGACACUUUCAAAAAGGAGAUUGCACUCGCAAAUCGUACUGCAGAACUGUUUGCUCCUAAAGAUUUCUCAUUUGGAAAAAUACAAGUUGGAGCUGUAAGCUUUUCGAGGAAUUCACGACUAGAGCUCAAAUUUGGCAGAAAUACUCGUGAUUUUGUUCUACAUAGAUUUGCAAAAAUUCGAAACACAGCAGGUCCCACUCCGUCUGUUUCUGGUGCUCGUCUUUCUAUACAGCGGCUUGUCGCAACUCGACGACCUUCAGCCCGUCUUGUUGUUGUCCUUCUUACCGACAGUAUAAAUCAGGAUCGAUGGCGUGAGCUGAUAGAAACAUCUAUGAAUAUUCACGAUGUACCAAACAGCGCACUUUUGGCCUACACACCAAAUCGCACCUUCUCUGAGCGUGAACUACAGGAGUGGGCUGGCGAAAGAGCCAAAGUUUUCCUAUCUGAAGAAGAAAACAAGUUUCUACAUGCUGUAAAUAAGGAAGUCAAGCGCUGCGGAAAGAGCGCUACCGUAAGCGGAGCUGGUGAAGUAGAGGAAAUUGCCAAGAAAAGCGACAGAAAACUUCAAACAGUGGAAUGGACAGUGGCACGGGAUGAGAUGCCGACAUCUCGUUCACCUCCUAGAGCUACCUCAUCUCCUAGAGCUACCUCAUCUCCUAGUGCUACCACUACUACUUCUGAGCCAGAAACAACGACCAGCAGGGUUACAGGAAGAGGCCUGAGGACGAGGACUUCUUCUGCUGGACAGGUGGCUACAAGAAUCAGUACGAGCACUACCCUAAGGUCAACACAGGAAAUUGCCAGCACUACUCUAAGGCAACGUACCAGUACUACUCCAAGGCCAAGAACCAGCACUUCUCGACGUCCUACCACCAUUGAACUUGAUCCCGUUACUGCUGAUCUGAUCACCGAGGGAUCAGCAGAGUCAAGUGGCGAGAGCUCUGGGGUUUCUCCGAUACCACAAAAACUGAAGAGGAUUAAAACAACUACUACCAUUGAAGCUUUGUUGGAGAGUACCACUGAAGCUGAAGACAAUACUGUUACUGACGCUACUGAUGGUGAAGGUUCCGGAUUGCAAACGCCAUCAGCUGAUGAACGCCGCGCCCAAGGUAUAAGGACCGCUAAGGAUUUGCCAAAGAUUGAGGAAGCAAAGCAUGCAGAAGCAAUAUUUGAGAAAUCAGGACCUAGACCCAUUUUACCCUGCUUAACCGAUUUAAUGUUCGUUAUCGAUACUUCCACCAGCGUUGAAGGUGAAUUCCAAAGGCAGCUGCAGUUCGCUGUGGAUCUGGUAAAACGGCUACCUACUGAAGAUUUUGAACAUAGAGUUCGUGUCGGUGUUGUUGUUUUCAAUCAAAAAGCAUCGCUUGUGCUGCACCUGAAUGAGCCACGUUCAAGAUCAGCGGUACUGGACUCCUUGCUUUCAACAAAUUAUUCUGGCGGAAGUACUUCAGUAGCCAGCGGUGUAAACAUGGCAGUCGACGAGAUAGAAAAAUACCGCCGAAAAGAUGCUCGCCUGAUGCUUGUGCUGAUCUCCGAUGGAAAUAGUCAAGAUCAUUGGGAUGAAGUGAUCAGAUCGUCAAAUAGACUACGAACUACCGGAGCUGAUGUCUAUGCUGUGACGAUCAGUAAGAAAUACAUGUUCAGAGAGCUAGAGCUAUAUGCCGGGGACAAAUUGCGUGUUUACAUCGACGCUAGAGUUCGACAAUUCUUGGACGAAACUGAAAAAGCCGUCACACAUUGUGAAGGAGCAUCUAGUGGUUCAUCCCUCCGGCUGGUUCUACAAGCUCCAAAAUCAUGCUCUUCUCUCGUUGAUUUGUUGAUUAUUCUGGAUACUUCUGCAUCCGCGGAAGAUUUCUUCAAGGAGAAGCAGGUAGCUGUGGACCUGCUUAGAGUGCUGCCUGAGAGUGUGUUCGAGAAACGCCUUUCUGUCUCAAUCGUUACGUUUGCAAACACUUCAUCUGUUUCUUCGUCAUUUGGACUGCUGCCAAAGGAUGAGGUCGUAUUCGAACUGGAAAGGAUUGGAAAUUCAACUGGUCCACCAAGUCUUGCUUCUGGCUCUACUGCAGCUUCUGUGGAGAUCAAAGCACAUAGACGAGAUAACUCAAGAGUUAUGGUUAUUAUCGUAUCCAAUGGACAAGGUGGUGAAGAUAAAUUUGAAGAAGUAAAGAAAACAUCAGCUGCUCUAAAAUCUUCUGGAGCAGAAAUCUUCGCAGUAUCGUUGUCAGACACCCCGAAUGUGGAUAAACUCAGAGAAUAUACUGGAAGCAACGAAAGACUAUAUGUAGCUGAAAAAUCCGACAAAUUCAUUCAGGAUAUCGGAAGCGCAAUAUUAUCAUGCUCUAGUGCCAGUGGUGUUAAUAACGUUGAGACAGAAGAUGCAUUGCGGCGUCCUGAUAUCGAUUUCAAUGAAAAACUGGAGCAAUUCAGACUGGGUGGCAGCAGGAAAAAGUGCAAAUACGAUAAGAUGGAUCUACAAAUAAUUUUGGAUGCAUCAUCUUCACGAAAGGAGGUUUUCGAACAUCAACGUGAAUUGGCAUUAUCACUUAUUGAACGUCUUCCAAUCUCGGCUGAUGGAUCUCAUGUUGCGGUUGGAGUCAGCAGUUUUAAUUCGGUUCCAACUCUGAGACAAAGCCUCGGUCUUGGCAGAGAUAAGGCCACGAUCCGAUCUGCUAUCGAAUCCAUAAAAUACAAAGGAGGAUCGACUUUGACUGCACAAGCUGUGGAUUUAAGCAUCGAUGAUCUCCUGCGAGGAAAAAGGCCAGAAGCAUUACAGGUCGUAGUGCUUAUGAACGACGGAAUGUCGCAAGAUCCUUGGGAUAGAGUGCUUUCUACAAGUGAGAGAUUAGCUGCCACCAAAGCUGAACGAUUCGGAGUUGCUCUUGGGAAAGAGGUUGACUUGCGUGAGCUACAUCAUUAUAUUGGCCGUAAUGAUAGGAUCUACAGAGAUGGUUCCACAGAAAAGUUCUUAAACGAUAUUGUUGCACUGCUUGAGGGAGAAAAGGAUUGUCCUGAGGAGACUGCUCAAAGAGAGGGCAUUAUACCUCGUCGUCAUCAGUUCUCAACUGACGAAUGCGAAGGUGCAAAUCUUGACCUAGUAGUGGUAUUUGAUAACACGGAGAAAUCACCGAAUAAGCGAGAUUCAGCUAUAAAUGCCAAUAGAUAUCUUCUGCUUGAUGUACUCGGAUCGCUAAAACAUGGCGCAAGAGUGCGUGUUUCUCUGAUCUCAUUCUAUCCGCGACCACAGAUCACAGUAGACUUUACGGAUAUUUCUGAAAGGGAUAAAAUGAUUGCUAAGAUCGAGGCUAUCAAAACUAUCAAUGAAGAGCCUUCAUAUUCUGAUGCUGUCUCUUUGGCACUUGAUCACCUGCAUAAGGAAGGACGAGCCGACGCCAAAGCUUCCAUCAUUAUUCUUGGAAAUGGAAAAGGCAAUGACACUUUUGAGGAGAGAAUAGCUGUUGCUAAUCGAAUGAAAGAGACUCCUUCUCUCAGCUGCCUUGCUGUUGAUUCUUCACCAUCAACUGACAUCAACUCCCUAAAGCUCUUUACUGGCUCCCGUGAACGUGUCUUCCCUUACGAACGAAAUGCAGAUUUUGCUCGCCACAUCAAUAGCUUGGCUACGGUAGCUGACAACCCGAAAUGUCAAUUCCCUUCGCGUGCCGUACGUGAUCGCGUCUAUGGAGUACGACCAGUCACACCAGUCAGUGAAUGGGUGUACAGCACCUCGGGACCGAUUGGUGCAGGUUCUCAGGAUAAUAAACUUGACACGUCACAGCUAUCAGUAUUGCUACAAGAAACUGACGGCCCUCCAGAUGAAGAUGAUGCAGAAACAACACUUGCAACAACUAGAGCAACAACAACAACAACAAGAGCAACAACACACACAACAGCAGCACCAACAACGAGAAGACAUACAACAGCAGCAACAACAACGAGAAGACAUACAACAACUAGAAGAACGGAGGAACCCAGCACAACACAUUCUACGACACCUCACAGGAGAUUGUCUUUGAGACCGAGAACGAGCACUACGCAUACGACGACGACUACUACGGAACAAACAACACAUUCUACCACAAAACACACGACAAAGCUCUAUUCGAAACGAACCACUCGCCAACCAACAUCACCUUCCUAUACCUACCACUUUACUAGAAGAAGCACACUAGGACCUGUAGAGUCGUCGACAGUUUUCAGAAAAGGCUGUCUCAUCGAUUUGAUAAUUGUUCUGGACUCUUCUGGAAGUGUUGAAGAGACUUUCCGUCGUGAGAAAGAACUUGCAGCUGGCAUCAUUUCUCGAUUGAGGAUUGGGCCUGACAAUGCUAGGGUUGCCAUCAUAAGAUUUGCCGGAAGUCAAAGUGUGAGGACUGUAUGGGCAUUUGGUGAACCGCAAUCAAAGAACAAAAUCCUUCGGGUUUUGGACAGUCUUCCAUUCAGCUCUGGUACUACAGCCAUCGAUGCGGCUUUGUUGAAGGCGUUCUCCGAAUAUACAAUGGACAAUGGUGCUCGACCAGGUCAUGCUAAACCCGUGGCUAUAAUCUUCACCGAUGGAUACGGUCGACAUUCGGCACUGAAAGCGGCCGAGAAACUCAGGGCUGUUAUUCCGGAUACAUAUGCUAUCGCUAUCAAUCACAUGUUCGCCAUUGCUCGGCCAGAGCUCGAAGUGAUUGUUGGACAACCUGAGCGAGUAUUUACGGAUGAAAAUAUUGGAAAAUUCCAUGAUAUCUUGGAAAACAUCGCAAGGGACUGCAUUGUUGAUUAG